AUGUCGAUGGGGCUGGAGAUCGGCGGUGUGGCCUUGUCUGUGCUGGGUUGGUUGUGCAGCAUCAUCUGCUGCGCGCUGCCCAUGUGGAAGGUGUCGGCCUUCAUCGGCAACAACAUCGUGACGGCCCAGAUCAUCUGGGAAGGGCUGUGGAUGAACUGCGUGGUGCAGAGCACGGGGCAGAUGCAGUGCAAGGUCUACGACUCCAUGCUGGCCCUCCCUCAGGACCUGCAAGCCGCCCGCGCCCUGCUGGUGGUGGCCAUCAUCUUGGCCGUCCUGGGCUUAAUGGUGGCCAUCGUGGGCGCCCAGUGCACCCGCUGCGUGGAGGACGAGAGCACCAAAGCCAAGAUCACCAUUGUCUCCGGCGUCAUCUUCCUCCUCUCUGGUGUCUUGACCCUCAUCCCUGUCUGCUGGUCGGCCAACACCAUCAUCCGGGAUUUCUACAACCCGCUGGUGAUCGAAGCACAGAAACGGGAGCUGGGCACCUCGCUCUACGUGGGCUGGGCGGCCUCUGCACUCCUGCUGCUGGGAGGGGGCCUGCUCUGCUGCUCCUGCCCCCCCAAAGACGACAGGUACCCCACAAGCAAGGUGGCCUACUCCGCCCCACGCUCCGCCGUCACCAGCUACGACAAGAGGAACUAUGUCUGA